GCAGACAGCGAAUCACAUGAGCAGGGAUAUGUUUACAAACUGAGCUGAGGAGGUGUGCUCACUAGCCCCAUUGUGAGGAAGAGGGACAGAGAGCAGAGAGAGAGAAAAAGAGAGAGUGGGACGAGAGGAGAGCGGCUUCCUGGGUUAAAAUGAUCAGUGUUAGGCUAAUUUUCGCUGUCUCCUUUUUCACCCCCUCUUUGUCCAUUUUGGAAAAAGGGGAGCAGAUGGUUGGGCCUGACAGAGCAGACAGCACAACGCAAGUGCAGGCAAAAUAGCUGCUUUUACAGGAACACUGGGCACUGCAGGGAACCAUUCAAGUUCUUCCUUUGUUUCCCAUAAUUAGCAGGUUUUCACAGCAAGAGAGGAAAUCUAUGUCGAGACGAGUAUUCAAGGAAGGCGGAGGCAGAGAGAGAGAGGGAGAGGAAAACAGGACUUCAGGGGAGGGAGGGAUAAGCCCUGUGACAAUGUUUUGAAGGGGAGACAAAGCAAAGCAGCGACUGCACUCAGCUGGAUAGAUUGAGUUAGCUGCAUGGGAGUUCUCUCUCCAUUUGGAAUAUUAACAAUAACAUUGAUGUGUCUUUAACCUGCGAGGGUAUGAUGUUUAUCCCAUAAUAUAAACACGGCUAUGCUCUGGAAAUCCCUUUGUUUAUUUGAAGAGAGGAGCCAUUGCGAUACGGAUAUAUUUGAUUCUGUUACCUUUUCUUACUUUUUAGCAUAUUUUUGGAUUUUAAAAAGUAGCUAUCAAUUCCUGAUGAAAUUGUUGCUUGAUUAUUCACAUAAUGACAAAUCAUCACAAAGAAGAGUGUGGAUUUCAACAAUGAGUGAGUUGUUUUUGUCAUGUUUUACUGGAAACCAGAGCCUCAUCCAUAGGAGAGCUUCUUGGGGAACUGAGAAUGUUUAUCACAAUGGGAUUGACUCAUAGCCUACAAAUAAAAGUCAUUUUCAUUGGGGACACAGAAGAGGUUGGACUCACAUCAUUGUCUGGGAGACGGUGACUUUUUUGGGGGGACAACCUCCUCGAUCUGUCGGCACCCCAACAAAGACCCAGGACUGGUUGUGACCCCAGACAUAGUGACUCUAGAGGCUGUGAGUAACUUCAGACGUUUUUGACCCCCAUCCACUGAUUCCCUGGGUCCCUCUGGCUUUCUUGAGGCUGAUUUCACCCAGUCCAGUGGGGUCACGGAUCUCUGUGCGGUUUAGGGUCGCAGAGCUCAGACCCAUACUGCAAGAUGACAUCGGAAGACAUCUACCAUCUGCCAAUCAACAUGUACGUCAUCAUUCUGGGCAUCGGCCUCUUCAUCUUCAUGCUCAGCCUGAUCUUCUGCUGCUACAUGUUCAGGUUAAGGCGACAAGGCACAAGGGAGCAAUAUGGAUAUAAUGAGGUUGUUUUGAAAGGAGCAGGAAAGAAACUGAGUCUUCUUGGACAGACCUGUGCCGUGUGCUUAGAAGAGUUCAAAAGCAGAGACGAGCUUGGAGUGUGUCCCUGCUCACAUGCCUUCCACAAGAAGUGCCUGUUAAAAUGGCUGGAGAUCCGCAGUGUCUGCCCCAUGUGUAACAAACCCAUCUGCCGUUUGCAGCCAGACCUCCUACAGGGAGCAGAGAGGCCCCAGAGCCCAAUGGAGGCAGAGGAUGGAGGAAGGACCCUGUCCCAUGACCACCGGCCAACCCCUACAGGAGAAACAGUGGGUACUGAAAAAGAGUUGGGAUGCUGUGUUUUGGGCCCUACUUUCCCAAAUCAUAGUCAAUAACCCGCCAUCCCAUGUUGCCAAGUAAACAUAGGGUGUCCUGAUUGGUCGAUGAGUAACAUGGGGCCUGGAUGGAGGGAACACGCACAUGCCCACAGCUGCCAUCAUGAGCCUAUGAGGUAUUCAGCUAUGACAUAGGGUGCAGUGACCCUGUCACUAAAUAACGCGUCGUGGUCAUUCUUGACUUGCAUUGCCAUUUGGGCAUGGUAUUUUGGAAGAAAUUAACUUUAUUUUUGUUUGUUUUUAUUUAAAUGUACAGUAUAUGGGUACACCUUACUAUUCGAAAUAAACUUUUAUGGCAGCUUAAUGACUUUAAAUAUCAAGGAUGGUAAUGACACAUUAGAGGUAAUUGAGUAUUUUCUUAAAUGGAGAGCGCAGAUGCUCAAAUGUACUUAACCCUAAAGGGAUAUGACUAAUCUUUUAAUCACAAUGUAAUUUCCCUUACAGUUUUUAAUUGAGUAAUACCAAUGACAAUUUUUAUUUAGACACCAAGUCAUCAAUGGAAUCCUCAAAAUGAUGACAUGUUAAAAGGGUGUGAUUAGCUAAGAGCUUUCUUUAAUAUAGACCCCUCCCCUGAAAAACAGUUUGCAGCUGGAGGGGAUGCUCAAGGUCCUUGUAUAUUGUUUGUGUAAUGAGUAAUUUCAGAAACCCCUAACUAAAAUCUGGCAUAAUUGUAUCAGAUGCCCGAUUAGCUUCUGGGGGAAGAUGUAUGAGAAAAGACACUUUAAACAAUGCAUUAAAUAUACAGUUUUGCAGUAGAAAUGGAUUUAUCUAUAUUUUAUCAAUGAUAAACAGUACAAUAUAAACAAAAACAUGUAUGAUGUGUAACUAUUUGUUAUUUUAAAGUGUUUUUCAUUGUUGUAAAGCCGGGGGAUGCAAAUGCCAUUGCAAUUCAAGAAUGACCCAUCCAAUUAAAUAUAUAGUCUUUAAAUUAUUUCUAAGGAAUUGUUUUGUAUUAUAACUGGCUUUCAAUAAAGUGUAUUGUUUCAGUGA